AUGUUUACAGAAAAUGUUAUAAGUCUUGGCAUGUUAAAAGCGUCCGGUGUGAAAAGAUGGGAAAUUACCAUCCUUCAUGUCGCCAAGAAGAGAAGAGUGAAUCAACUGACUUUUCACUGGAUUUCCCACCAGAAGAUCCAGAAACAGAAUAAUCUCCGAGACAUCACUGAUGCUCUAUUAAGUGUAAGCAACCCAAAAAACCCUGAUAGCAAAGUUGCAGCCCUAUCUAGUGAUAAAAUAAUAAUUACUGUUAAUGAUAUCUUUGGAGCUGGUUUUGCCACUGUGUCAGGAUACCUGCAGUGGAUGUUCCUGUACCUGAUAAAUUUCCCCAAAAUGCAAGCAAAAAUUCAAGAAGAAAUUGAUGGAAAGAUUGGACUAAAACUACCAAGAUUUGAUGAUCGAAAAUAUUUGCAUUACACAGAAGCAUUCAUCAAUGAACUGUUUAGGCACACCUCCUUUAUACCAUUCACUAUUCCUCACAGUACCACUAAAGACACAACUCUCAAUGGGUACUACAUUCCUCAAAACACAUGUAUCUUUGUGAAUAUGUAUCAAGUAAAUCAUGAUGAAACGUUGUGGGUAGACCCUUAUUUGUUUAAACCAGAGAGAUUUCUGAAUGAAAACGGAGAACUCAACAAGAACCUGGCUGAAAAGGUUAUGAUUUUUGGAAUGGGGAUACGAAAAUGCUUGGGAGAAGAAGUAGCCCGCAAUGAAGUUUUUAUUAUCCUCACCACCAUCCUGCAACACCUGAAACUAGAGAAGCCUGCUGAUCAUCACUUAGAUCUAAGUCCAAUAUAUGGGCUUUCUAUGUCUCCUAAACCAUACCAACUUCAGGUAGUGCAGCGCACUUGAUCAGUUCUGUAAAAAGAAUAAUGCUUCACUUUAUUAACUCACAGUGCAAAGCUAAGAAGAGUUACUCCAGUCUAAGCCAUGGGCUCAGAGGUGUAUCUAGGAUAAGUGGAGCCCAGGGCAAAAUCUGAGUUUUUGCCCCCCCCCCCCCGGGCUCCAUUUUCCCUAGAUUUUGUGCCUAAUGGGAAAUAGAUGUGGACGUGCUGCUGUCGGCUUGGUAGCCGUGCCAAGCUUGGCAGCUGUGCCAGAAGGGGGGUAGUCCGAAUGGUCCAGAAGCAACCCCUCCCACCACACCCCACCUAUCUGCCACCCCCUUGGAGGUGGUCCAAUUUGGGCUGGAGGGGCAAGAGGGUGAGGAGGCUCUGCACCCCGACCAGGUGAAGGUCAGCAGCAGCAGGAGCAGUAGCAGAGGUGCAUCCUUGAGGAGGCUCAUGGUGGCAUCCUGCAUGAGUGACGCUCUUCUCUGGGCCAGCCGGCGGGUUUUAUGGGCCUGGCGGAGUGGUGGGAGCAUCUUCUCCGAUGAACAAAGGGGUGCUGCUGGACAGCCACUGUGGGGGGAGGGCGGGGAAGGCAGGCAGCGCUCCAGUGGCACAGCCGGACAGGGCCACUUGCACAACAGCUGCCGAGCAAGUAGAGGUGUGGUGGUGGAAGCUCCACUGGGGUCACUGCUAGGAGGGGAGAGGCUCAGUGUCCCAGUUCUCUGCCCCUGGUGGGCUUCCCCAUGCGUGGCCCCGGUGGCCAAGGAUGUCUCUGUGUGGGGAAUGCCAAGAGCAGCCACCUCCAAGGGUGGUCCAGCAACAGCCCUUCAGCUGCCGCCACUGAUCCCUAGGCACAGAGGGAUGUGGCCAUGGGGUUUUCUGCCCCCCACGUGACUAAAUGGCCUCUGCCCAGGGACAUGUGAUCCCACAUGUCCUCGUGGGCAGUAGGCCACUGCAUGGCCUUAAACUGGAGUUACUCUUCUUAGGAUUGCAAUGUUAGUCAUAAUUAAAAUCUGUGCCAGUGCCUAAAAACUGAAUUCUGAAACUUAAGCUAAAAUUGCAUAUAUACUUUUCUCCUGUCUAUUUACCAUUCAUCUAAGUUUCUCCUAUCCAAUCUCAUCUGUUAAUAAAUUUUUAUUUUGUUUGUUGAA